AAUGAAGUUGCUAUGUUAACAGUAUUUUUUUUCUUUAAGACAUAAUUUGUGCGACAAAUUCUAUUACCAUUGACGUACCUAAAACCGCUAAAUGAUGAUGAAAUACAAAAUCACAGCAAUUAGAAACUCACCAGUCACCAGCAUAUGAUACUGAUCAAAUCCAUGAAUGGAUUAACGUACGUCCCAAUCUCGAUUGGUAUCUGAUAGGCGAACGAGGCUUAUCAAAACCCACCACACUGUUGAUCAUAAUCCCGAAAAAUGCGACGUUUGUAGCAUCGCGCAAGCAAUGUGUCGUGUGCGAUCGUAAAGCCGACCAUCCCGAACAUCGGAUAUUAGAAUUUGUUACCGAAAUCAAAACCGGCCUUAAGUGCGCUUGAUAAAGACGCACACAUUGAUUGCUAUCGACCCGCCUUACAGUGCUGGUCAGUGGAGUCGCCAAAAAUCUACCAACGUCUCACAGACACGGCUCAGUAACGCAUUGGGCAGCGACUCAUGCGGACGAGUUGCUACAAAACAGUAGCUUUGGAGGCUGUAGCAAGCGUACGUUUGUCAGCUAUUGCAGUCCUUUCCCAAAGCUUGCACUGCUAAGAACUUACACUGGAUAAAGCUGCAAAACGAAAAAAGUGAAUAUUGUUAAAUUGCAAUAGCACAACACAUUUUGGUGCCGUAUAUUUACCGUGGCGUGCCGUAUAUUUACCGUUGUACUCUUGUCGAGAAGUCGAGAGUAAGAGAAAGUGUAACCAAGUAUAGCAAAGUUAAAAAAAACGCGCAAUAAUAUGUACCACUGAGUGUAUAUUUAUGAUUGAUCAUUAAACCAAAGUGAAUGUGUGCAACCGAAACAGUGCAUUUUUGCAAAGUGUUGGCGUGCGGUGCGGAAGCAGUUACAUGAGAGUUAGUUCACACUAUUAACCAUAAGUGUAUCGUAGCUCAUCCCUGCAAAGUGUAUGUUGGUGUUUUCUGCAGUGAAGAAUCGAACAACGUAACCAAUACAUUCGCUUAGUAGUGUGAGUCCUUGGGACAUACUGUCAGAAUGACACCGGUUCUAAGCCGUCUACGGACGGUCAGCACAUUUGUGCUUUUAAUUCCAGUGGCAAUGUCUAUGGUAGUGAUCGAUAGCAAAACUUACGAUAUCAGCCAUCUAGAUAUUUCUACGGAUCCUUUAGUGGACACAACGACGGAGCUAAAUUUUUACUCGCUCCCGGACAAUUCCACCGUAGCAAUACCGAUACACUUAACACUGGACGAAAGGAUAGAGCUGGAGAAGCUCACCUGGCACUGGUAUCCCUGGCGAAGGAUCAACUACGACGUUUUGCCCGACGGCAAGAAGGUGCAAGUGUUCUGCGCCGGCGGUUCAUCGCUGGACGAUUUACCGGAUGACAUAUUUACACAGGAACAACGACUGCAGGGUGCUAUCGUGCUUCACUUCGUUGGUGCGAUCUACUUCUUUACGAUGGUGGCAUACAUUUGUAGCGAAUAUUUCCUACCCUCGGUUGAGUGUAUCUGCGAGGAUCUUAAUCUCACACAGGAUGUUGCAGCCGCUACGUUCAUGGCCGUCGCUUCCACCAUGCCGGAAUUUUUCACCAACACCAUCAGUACGUUCAUUGCAGACUCCGAUAUGGGACUCGGAACGGUUAUGGGUUCGCUGCUCUUUAACACGCUCGGUGUGGCAGGAUUAGCUGGAUUGGCAACAAAAUCGCCUGUUCAGCUGGACUGGUGGCCAUUAACACGUGACUCGAUCGUGUUCUCUGCACACGUUGCGCUACUCAUUGGAUUUGCCUGGGACGGCCGAAUCUAUUGGUACGAGGCAAUGGUGUUUUUCAUCCUGUUUUUCGUCUACUUCGUACUGAUGUUUCAAAACAAACGGCUGAUGAGGGUUGCAAAGAAGUACAUCGAGGUGAAGUGGAAUCUUUGUGCGCGCGUUAUUCGCAACAUUGAGGAAGACGAAAGGAUCGCGGCAGAAGCAGAGGCACAGCAGGAAAUUGCCACCAUACCAAACCUUGCGCGGAAAACGCUCGAGAAACCAGCGUUCCGUGCAUCGACGGCUUCGAUUCUGUCCGAGCAGAUGGCUGAGACUAAGAUGAAAAUGGGUGAAUUACAGAUUCCCGCUCGUCAUGUCGUAGAAGACCCGGGCGAGUAUGAUGAUAUGACACUGUGGAAGAUCUCGUCAGAAACUUGGUACCGGGCGGUUUGGUGGUGGUACAGUUGGCCACUACGAUUCAUCACCCACUUUACCAUUCCGUCCCCUGCCAGAAUGCGCCGGUGGUAUCCACUUACGUUCAUCAUGUGCGUCGCGUAUCUUGCCGGUUGUGCCUUCAUGAUCUUCUGGUUGCUCUCGAUCAUCGGGUACACGUUCGACAUCCCCGAGUCGGUGAUGGGUUUGACGUUCCUGGCCUUUGGUGGAUGCAUGCCGGAAGCCGUGUCAGCAGUGUUGGUCAUUCGCUCCGGUAGCGGUGCCAUGGGUGUUUCAAAUGCGAUGGGUGCCAACUCGCUCGCUAUCUUGUUUUCGCUUGGCUUACCCUGGUUCAUCCGUACGCUGGCUGAUGGCGGAAGUGGCGUCAAUGCGUACCUGGUGAUUUCCUCGUACGGACUACAAUACUCGAUUAUUGCUUUGCUUGGUGCGAUUGCGUGGUUGUACAUCGUGAUCUACGUGGCUGUAUAUAAGCUGCGAAAGCGCGUCGGAGUGGUUUUGUUCGUCGGAUACGGUAUCAUUGUCGCCUUCAUGAUCUUGAACGAGCUGGAUGUUAUCAUUCCGUCCGGUGAAGAGUGUUAGUAGGGUACCGUUUUAGGCAAUCCCUGCACAGCAUAAUAUACUCUACGUAGAUAUCGGCCACAUUACUACUCUCAAUCGGUGACAGCCAGUGGAAUACUCCCCAACAAAAUGCUCAACCCCUGUCCGGAGGUGUCCAGACGCUCAGGAAAAUAGCCUUUGAGUGAUGGUUAGUGUUAAGAUCACUUACAGAUAUAAAAUUGAUUAGUUUUACUAGAUACCUUCUGUCCCUAUCCCCUUCCCAAGGAUGUACCCUUCGUGAUCACACGAUAACACACGAUUAUGUACCGUAGAUCGCAGCUAAUCAUAGUAGUGCUAGUUAAGUUGUAGAAUGUUUAGAAAUUACAGAACAUCCUACUAAUCACCACAAACAGCAUUGUUACACAUUUUUUGUUUUUGGGAUAUGUUAGUGUGAUAUUUACGUUUGACCAGAUGGAUACUCCAACGGCCGACAGUCGCUCGGAUUUACUAUCAACGUUUGUUUAUGUACACUGCUCUGACUACAAUUGUGACUUUUCUCUGAGCGUUGCUUCUUUAUACAUUUUGAUCUACAAUUGUCACGAAUCAACGUCGCAGAAACGAUCGACAAAAUGGGCGAAAGCAGAAGAACAAUGGUAUGCAUCAGUAAAUGGUAACAAAUGGUAGACGGUUUAAAUUACCAGUACGCAUUCUACUACGGUCUAUCAGCCGUAAUGAAUAUGGAUGAUAUUUGAACGGUUCACAAUGAAAAUAAAAUACUCUAUAACCGUUUAGAACAAACUAUAAAAAAGACAUGAAAAUUACUUCGCAAUGGAUCCGAAUUAGCAUUGAACAUCAUUUACAUUUGUUUUAUCGUCAAUCUUGUAUUAAUUACCGCAAAUAAACAUGUUGCUCUGCUUGUUGGGAGACGAACAUGAUAAAGAAGAUAAAUUUGAUACUUUGAUGUUACUACAGAUAAGUCAGCAGUAAUGAUGAUGCUGUUUUGGGGGUAAUUAUUACAUAAACACACAUAAGAAGGAUUAUGAAACUAUUGCGAAGUGUAACAUUUUGUUAUCCAACACAAACUACUAGAGAUAACCAAAU